UAAUCAAUUGAUCAUUAUUUAAAUCUUGGGUACACAUUUAAAUAUAUUGUCGAUUUUGUUACAAACCUGUUGAACAUCGUUUGAGCAUUUGUUUUUUCCGUUUAUUCAUUGAACAAUGAAUUCAUCAAAAGAAUUCGAUUUGAUUAUUUUUGGUGCUACUGGUUUUACUGGAUUUUAUGUACUUAGAGAAUUAUUAUUAUCAUUAGAACAACGUAAAUCAGAAUAUGAACAUUUAAAAUGGGCAAUUGCUGGUCGUAAUGAACAGAAAAUGACAAUGAAAUUGGAAGAAGUGGGCCAAGAAUUGAAUAAAAAUCUUGAAAAUGUUACUAAAAUUGUGGCUGAUUGUUCAAAUACAAAUUCAUUGUUGGAAAUGGCCAAACGUUCUCGAUUAAUCAUAAAUUGUGUUGGACCAUAUUGUUUUUAUGGACGACCUGUAGUUCAAGCUUGUGUCGAAGCAGGUACCCAUCAUAUCGAUAUUUCUGGUGAACCGAAUUAUAUUGAAGCAAUGGCAAUUGAAUUUCAUAAUCAGGCCAAAGAAAAAGGAUUGAUCAUUAUAUCAACAUGUGGAUGGGAUUCUAUUCCAUGUGAUUUAGGUGUUCAAGUGACUAAGCAAAAAUUUCCCGGACGUUUACAUUCAGUUGAAACAUUUGUUUCAACCAUUCCAGGUUCAGAAGGAUACAAAAUUAAUACUGGUACUUUAAAUUCGGCUAUUAAUGGAUAUAGAACUAUGAACGAAUUAAGGGCCAUUCGACGACGACUUUAUUCCGAAGUAUUGACAGUAAAGAUUCCAAGAAGUCGAAUCGUUCUCAAACGAAAAACUUUACCAUUUACUCGUGACGAAGUUUCAGGUUGGAAUGUCGAAUUUCCUGGUAGUGAUCGUUCGGUAGUUCAACGUACACAAUACUACAAUUAUGAACAUUUCAAAGAACCACCAUUACAGAUACAAACAUAUUUUACUGUUGCAUCAUUUACACAUUUGAUGGGAUUGAUUGUAUUUGCUGCUAUGUUUGCUGUAAUGACGGCUACAUCAUUCGGUUCAAGAUUAUUGUCUCGAUAUCCAGAAGUUUUUACAGCAGGUGCUUUUAGCAAAAAAGGUCCAACACGUGCACAAAUCGAAUCUUCUCGAUUUCGUACAACCAUUAUUGGACGUGGAUGGUCAAAACGUGUAUUAGAACAACAAAGCAACCCGGAUGAUGUUGAUAGUGAACCAGAAACUGAACCUGAUGAAACUAUUACGGUUCAAGUUUCUGGUAGAGAUCCAGGUUAUAUGGCCACAUCAACUUGUUUGAUUCAAUCUGGUCUUACCAUUUUGAUGGAAUCGGAUAACAUUCCUAGAGGUGUAUUGACUCCAGCAUCGGCAUUCCGUAAUACACAUUUAUUGGAUCGUUUACAAGAAAGAGAUUUUACGAUUGAAGUUGUUUCAUCACAAAGAAUUGAAAAUUGAAAAAUUUGUUCUUUUUUUAUUGUUUUUAAAAAUUACAAAUCUUUUUUUAUAAAA